GAUGGAGUCGUUUAAUUAAUCUUAUCCUAAAAAUCAGCUGUAGGGUAGCGAAUUCAUCUAUAUAAGCAGAAGCUGCUGGACGAUAGAAAGCAACAGAAACAUGGAUCACAUUAAUGGCCAGGGAAGGAGUGAAUUAUUUGAAGCUCAAUCUUUCAUCUACAAGCAUGUAUUCAGCUUCAUGGAUUCCAUGUCACUUAAAUGUGCAGUUCAGCUAGGCAUACCGGACGCAAUCCACAACCAUAACCAGCCAAUUACUCUUCCUGAGUUGGCCUCCGCUAUCCAAGUUCCCCCAGAGAAGACCAGCCGCUUGCACCAGCUCAUGCGUUUACUGGUGCACUCUGGUUUUUUUGCCAUGCAGAAAGUUGAUGAAAAUCAAGAAGGGUAUGUUCUUACGCCCCCUUCUAGGCUCCUCGUUAAAGGUAACGCUACCAGCUUGGCACCGAUUGUUCUAGGAAUGCUAGAUCCUGUUCUAGUGACCCCAUGGCAUUUCUUGGGGAGUUGGUUGCAAGGGAGCAGCCUCACUGCGUUUGAGGCUGCCCAUGGGAUGGACCUCUGGAACUAUGGGAACCAAAAUCCGGAAUUUUUCAGUUUAAUAGGUGAGAUUAUGGCAACUGAUUCUCGAAUGAUGAGCUUAGCUAUUAGAGAGUGCAAGGAAAUCUUUGAGGGGCUGUCUUCAUUAGUUGAUGUGGGAGGCGGCACUGGGACAAUGGCUAGGGGCAUUUGUGAAGCGUUUCCUCACUUGAAAUGCACAGUGUUAGACCUUCCACAAGUGGUUGCUAACUUACCAAAGAGUGAGAAUUUGGACUAUGUUGGAGGCGAUAUGUUUCAGUCCAUCCCUUCUGCAGAUGCCAUUUUUAUUAAGAGUGUUCUGCAUAAUUGGGGCGACGAGGACUGUGUGAAGAUUCUGAAAAGAUGCAGAGAAGCGAUUCCGAGCAGUGCUGAGGGAGGAAAAGUGAUAAUCAUAGAUUUGGUUCUGAGUAACAAGAAAGAUGAACAUGAGUUGGCCAAGACAAAGCUCUUCAAUGACAUGAUGAUGAUGGUUUUGGUGGCUGGGAAAGAGAGGUGCGAGGAAGAAUGGGAAAAGCUCUUCUUGGAAGCUGGUUUCAGCCACUACAAAAUAACACCUAGAUUUGGUGUACUGUCGCUUAUUGAGGUCUAUCCUUAGGCUAAAGAUGAUGUGGUUGAUUGAGUUUGUUACUGGAUUGCAAUCCCAGGAGUACUGUAUGAUUACUGCUCUUAUUUUUAUUGCUUUUGAAUUGGGCCUAUUUUUCUUGUCAUUGUACUUGAAAUAAGUCAGUUUUGCUGCUCAAAUAAGUUCCAUUUUUACUAUUUAAUGGACUUAUUAUUGCAUA